GUCCGUCGCAGGAGGACCCCCGAAAAUAGAAACCCCUAUUUCUAAGCGUUCCAGCCACUAAAAUGAUGAACGAGGCGGCCCUGGCCAACAUGAUACCCUACGACACUAUCGGAUUGUACGAGCAGCCCAAGCCGCGCUUCAUCUUCAAGAUGCCGCGCGUGGUGCCCGACCAGAAGUCCAAGUUCGAGAGCGACGAGCUCUUCCGCCGCCUCAGCCGGGAGAGCGAGGUGCGCUACACGGGCUACCGGGAGCGGAGCAUCGAGGAGCGGCAGGUGCGCUUCAUGAACGGCUGCCGCGAGGGACACACGGAGGCCAGCUUCGUGGCCUCGGGCACCAAUCUGCAGCUGGUCUUCAACGCCAACCAGAAUCCGUACCUGCACGACAAGGAGUGCGACUUCGACAAGGAGCACGGCAAGGUGCACAUCAAGUCGUACUUCAUCAUGAACGGCGUCUGCGUCCGUUUCCGCGGCUGGAUGGAUCUGGAGCGGCUGGAUGGCGUGGGCUGUUUGGAGUACGACGAGCGGCGGGCGAUGCACGAGGAUGCCAUCCUGAGGGAUCAGAUCGAUCGCUACAAUCAGCGGCUGCGCGAAUUCGAGGACACCAAGCGCGCCUACCGCGAUAACAGGCAGGAUGAGAUGGAGGCGGUGCGACGGGGCGUGGCCUCCGGCGGCAUUGGCGUGGGCGCCAGCAUGUGGCGUCGUUAGUUGGACCUGUGGACGGCACCGGGGCCGUCGCACCAGCAGGAGCCGCAUCACCAGACGCUUCACCAGCAGCAGCUAGAGACUCAAUUCGCGAAUACUCAAUACUUCAUGGACAACUGAGAAUGCUCCGAGCCCCCUUUUCGUGGGCGAGAUUUCACUACGAUUACGUUAGACACGCUCGAAUAAUUAUGCUCCUAGAUUAGUCCUAGAUCUAAUGCCUACUUUACGUAUGCUUUUAUGGUAUUAUACUUACAACUUAGUGUGGAUUUAGUGUCGUAUCUUUAACUAAAAUACAUAAUUACUAAUCAAA